AAUGACAGCCCAGCAGAGCUCUGGUGCACUGACUACUCCUCCUCCAAGCAUUACACUCGUCUAUCCAGACACCUGGAUUGCCCUGUGCAGGAGAUUAUGGUUCAUAUCACUGCCGGCCUCCCGAGGAUCUAUAUAUCUGUGGAAUAUACUCGCCACCUAUACACACACUGCGGGGAAUCUGAGUGCUGCGGCUUGUCAGCUCUGCUAUAUACAUCAGAAGAACAACAAAGGACGUGCAGAACUGCUGCUAGGAGGGACGCUAUGGAAGACCACAUAGGUUGGUCAAGUCUAUAGGAUGGUAGCACACAGCAAGGUGGAAGCAGAUAAUGCCAUUACAGACAGAAGACCGCAACACCUGGAUACUUCACACUCUGACCGUUCCCAGAUCCAGCCUGCCAGAGCCAUUCAUAACAGCCCAGGACGUCCCAUCCCCGCAUCGCAGCUCAGUGAUACACACUUUCGGACCUUCCGCUCUCAGUCGGAUUUUACUGUCAUCACCAAGACCAGCAGUAUGCUGGACACUUGUGGAUUUUACUGGGGACCUAUGACGGUAAACGUAGCCCAUGAGAAACUAAGGCUGGAGCCAGUGGGCACUUUCCUCAUCAGGGACAGCAGACAGAAGAAUUGUUUUUUUGCCAUCAGUGUUAGGACAUCUACAGGACCCAUCAGCAUCAGGAUUCACUUUCAGGCUGGGAGGUUUAGCCUAGAUGGCAGCAGAGAGUCCUUUAAUUGCCUAUUCCAGCUGCUGGAACAUUACGUAUUGUCUCCUAAAAAGAUGCUUGUUGCUCCUCUAAGGAAGGUCAGGUUAAGACCACUACAAGAACUCUGCCGGAAAAGCAUACUGGCCGCGUUCGGGAGGCAGAACCUCGACGAAAUUCCCGUCAACCGGGUCUUAAGGGACUAUUUAAAGUCUUUCCCAUUUCAGAUCUAGCGACACAGGGCAUUAACAAGCGACACAAGAAGGACACAUGUGUUACACGUUCAGCUUCCUGGGAUUAUUUUUAAUAUCUUAUUUAAUGGUGGUCAAGUUUAUUUUUGUAGCAAUUUCUCUGUAUUUUGGGAUGAAACUUGAACACUCGCCUUUUAAUGUUUACAGAAACAGAUUAUUUGCACAAACUAAAAGGGCCCGUCUCCUUUUCGAAUGGUUUCAUCUGCUGUGCAGAUCCUUUAUUUUAUUACACUUUAAAAGUAAUAAAUUUUAUUAUAAAAUAUUCAAAAACAGCUUUGCUUCGUAUC